CCUUUUUUUAUUUUUCACAAAUAUAAUCUUAAUAACAUUGGGUUUGAUCAUCGUCCUCAUCGGUACAAAAUCAAGCAAAGCAACGCAGAAUUUAAUUUCUUGAUCGAAAAAACCCCUACUUCUCAAAAAAUACAAACAAAAAAAAAAAGAUGGAGAGGGUGAUGAACAUAAUAAAGCCAAAGCCAAAUCCACAGCAGCAAUUGAGAGAUUGGCAGCGCAAGCUUCACCAAGAGUGCCGCAACAUCGAACGACAAAUUCGAGAUAUCCAAAGAGAAGAGAAAAGCGUGCAGAAAGCAAUCAGAGAGGCUUCCAAGAGAAAUGACAUGGGUUCUGCAAAGUCACUUGCUAAAGAAAUUGUGAGAUCUAGAAGGACAGUGAACCGUCUUCAUGAAAAUAGGGCACAACUGAAUUCAAUAUCAAUGCACCUUGGGGAGAGUGUUGCUAUUGCCCGCACGGUGGGGCAUUUAUCCAAGAGUUCUGAGGUUAUGAAGCUUGUCAAUAACCUCAUGAAGGCUCCAGAAGUGGCUGUUACGAUGCAAGAAUUUAGCAAGGAGAUGACCAAGGCAGGGGUAAUUGAAGAGAUGGUGAAUGAUAGUCUUGACACAGCACUAGACUCCGAGGACAUCGAAGAAGAGAUAGAAGAAGAAGUUGACAAGGUUUUGACUUCUAUAGCUGGUGAGACAGCUGCCCAGCUUCCAGAAGCAGUCAGGAAGGAGAGGUUGAAGCAACCUGCUACUGCACAAGCCGGAAAGGAGGAAGAGGCAAUAGCUGAGGGUGUCGAUGAUGAGGAAGAGUUGGAAGAAAUAAGGGCCCGACUUGCAAAUGUUAGGUCUUAAGUUUACGUUGAAGCCUUUCAGCCACUGUUUUAUCCUCUCCCGGAAUUAUAACAUGAGGCAGUGAACGUGUUGGACUUGCAUGUAGAUCUGACCGGGUUGAGAUUGCUGCAGUAAGGCCCGCGUUUACCACUGACCGAGAACACCAGAGAUGUACUGUGUAUAUUAUAUUAAAGCAGCUUCCGAAAGAGUUCACAAGUAAGCUGUUGUUGUGCAAUAUUCAAAUGCAAAUAUAUUUGUGUGCCAAUGUCUAACUUAAUCCCUGCAUGGAGGUCAGUGUUGUACUAAUGGUUUGUUACUGGCAUUUGCUCUAUAGACCAUAACAGUGAAAAAACUCAUUUCAUGAAACUGCAAGCAAAUUAGUAUCACUGUGUA